AGUGUUUACAUGUGUUGCAAACAGGAAAACCACAACUUAUUUCAUAGAGGUGAACAUAUAUAUUCUUUUGGCUUGAUAUCUGUAAAGCGUAAAUCAUUUUGGAGGAUACACUGCCAAGAAUUAUCACACUUCUUCCUCAGCGUAAUAGAAUUGGGCGUUGCUGAGUACCAGAGUAGAUGUAGAUGUGGAUUCGAAGGUGUUUUCUAUCCGAAGGCUGUACUCGAAGGAAGUAUAUGGUGUUUAAUCAUAAAGAUAACACUAUAAUGACGAGAUGACAAGGAAUCCGCUGUUACGUUUUCCACCACAUAUGAUAUUGUGCCAUUCAUCAUCAAAUCACUGCCGGUCCAAAUGAAACUCCAAAUUCCAAUGCUGUCCCAUGUCACUGCAGUGAAGUCACGAUUUUCGUCUGUGACUUCUCACAUCUGGGAAACCUUGAGCGAUGGGCGUGUCCUUGGCAGAGCUCUCUUCUGGUAUAUCUGGAUCCUGGUUGUCAUGGCAACCGUUUCAACGCUUGCUCUUUGGGCGUCGUUUGAUGCAAGUUAUGGGCGUUCCCUAGUCGUAUAUCGCUCCGGGAGAGACCUGGAUGGAGGAUCGGAGUUGAUGAGUGGUCUGAGAAAAUUAUCAGAUCGGAUUGGAGAAGCUUUUACAAGAUCAAGGACAGUUGAUGUCAGAGCGAGAAAAUCUAUCCAUGGUCCGGUUUGCCCUGAGAUAGACAUACCCGGUUCAGAUAAAAACCUAACGCAUGAACUCAACGAAACAACAAUGAACCACGCAGAGGAACGCAUCCUCCUCACUCACACCAUGGAUGCCCGUCGGCUCACCCGACAUAGCAACGAGAAACUACAGGAUCUCUACUACGCAAGGAGGAUUAACAGAGCAUCUGGAGCUGGUAUCCCGGAUGUACUGAAUGAUGGGCUUGAGACAGAGGAUUAUAUUGUGUUACCAGGGGGUCAUUGGAUACCCACCACCUGCUCACCCAGAUGGAAGGUAGCAAUAGUAAUACCAUUUCGAGAUCGUCAUCAGCAUCUACCUAUCUUGCUGCUUCAUCUAGUACCUUUCCUAAAGAGUCAAUACCUAGAGUUUGCCAUAUUUGUUGUCGAACAGGAAAAUGAUCUUCGUUUUAAUCGAGCGAUGUUGAUGAACGUCGGUUUCGUCGAGGCUCUAAACUACACCAUGUUUGACUGCUUUAUAUUUCAUGAUGUUGAUCAUAUACCUCUCUCAUAUGGAAACUUUUAUGGAUGCAGUGGAAUGCCUCGUCAUUUCGUCUCAGGUGUCGACCGAUGGAAUUACAAAUUAUUGUAUUGGGGAUUCUUUGGUGCUGUUACCGGAUUCACGAGAACACAGAUUGAGACAUUUAACGGGUUUCCUAAUGUCUAUUGGGGAUGGGGAGGAGAAGACGAUGAUAUCUUAGGCCGGAUCAGGGCCAAGGGACUCGCGAAGACCAGGCCUUGGGGACCGGUUGGAUUCUAUAAUGUCAUACCACACCAUCACAAGAGCGCCAAGAAAAAUAUGGACAGGGUAUGUCUUCUGAAUAAUUAUAAAGAGCGCAUAGAUACAGAUGGUCUGAGCAACCUGUACUAUGGAACGCCACGUGUGACGCUGUAUCCCCUAUACACCAACAUCGCAGUAGACAUUCAGGACCUACCCUGGAACGUUGCAUGGCAUGUAUGUGACCGUGAUGCUGAACUCUUGGAAAAGAUUUUAAAAGAAAAAGAUUUUAUUGCAGAUGAAGGAGAUGGAACGUGAAAUACCACUUUGUCUCAUAUCUUCUAUAUUAUCUUCUUUGUACGAAUCUUCAAGUAGCUCAUUGUGGAGUAAAAUCAAUGUGUAAAUAUCUUUUUUUUUCUAUAUAUCAAAUAUUUCAAUGCAGAAUGUAUCGUUAUUUUGUCAAAAUUUGAAUAGGGUUAUAGGAAAUUCACUUUAUUUUUGCUAAGACGCCAGGGAAAAUUGGGGUAUUUCAUUUUUAUAAGACAUGCACUUUGCCGUCGCGCGUACAUACAACCUUACGUAUAUAAUGCAAAAGUGCAUUAUUUACUAAUAGCUUUAUGUAUAUCAUGAGAUGGAAAUAAGUAGACUAUCACCUACAUGUAGACAAAAUUAGCAAUGCGAUACUUAGAAAUGAUUAGUUCAUGCGGUGAAUGACAAUCAGUCAAUUUAAUAUUGGACAAAAUUGCAAUCAGACCAAUAUACGCUUUACCCAGAUAAUGAGAGAUUGGGCUACCGAACCAUAUAAAAAUAUUAUCGCAACAUUUUAUAAGGAUUAACAAAAUGUUUUUCAUGUCGUGUUUUUCCAUUUUUCAUGCAUGAUGUCUUAUCAAAUUUUGAAUGUUUUUAUGAUGUGAAGUACAAUGUAUUUUAAUGAUCUGAUUCGAUUUUUUUUUCUCUAGAAUGUUUUAUGAAAGGGUUCCACUUUUUAUAUUUU